UGGUCCCCGACGCAAAGGUGUUUGCAGCCUCUCAACAUGAACAUCAUCAGUGCUUUGUCCGUCCUCGGCCUGCUGCUUGCAGGUGCCAGUGCCCAAAAACCCAAACCUUGUGUGGCUCCUCCCCUGAUGACUGGAGGUGUCACUUUGAUGACCCCUAGUGGACUCUACACGUCUUCAGGAACAAUCAGCUACGACGCUUUUGGUCAGAAGAUUCGUGUCAGAAACUUUGGCUUUGUUGGAAAUGAAACCUUUGCUAUUGACCAGCUGAUGCUAUUUAACAAGAAAGUCUACUAUGAAAUCAACUGGAAAGAAUUCACUUGCAAGAAGAAGCGUCUGAAUACGGACUUCAUUCCCAUGCAUGUGCCCGAUAACGCUGUGAUGAUGGGUCAGGCUGUUUUGGGUUCCUCCUCCUCCUGGGGAAUGGGUGUGCUGGUCAACAACUGGCAUGGAUUACUUCCCAACAAUGGCUACUACAUGAGCGUUUUCUCAGAUAUCGGCUGCAUCCCCAUGACCUUCACCAGCUACACGCCAUCAUCUGGAUGGACCAUGGUCAGCACCUACAAUUGGGUACUUGGCCUCACCAAUCCUAUGGACUUCUUCCCACCUGUCAUUUGUGGCAAAUCUGAGCUGGAGGAAUCUGAAACAGCUGACACCAUGUUUACUGCCUUGGAGUCUCUGGCCAGAAAGACCAAGAACAUGGAGUAAAUGUUGGGGUUUUCAUCCUCAUUUAUCAGAGGGAGUAGAUUCUCCCGGAAAACAACACACAAAAUGCAUUCAAAUAAAACAUUUCUUUCAUGUCAGCAU